AUUUGAAUCAAUCCUUAAGGACGCGCGCAAUUUUCAACUAAAAACGGUGUAACACGUGUUUUCAGCAGUCACCAAAAGCGCAGAGAGUCUGAAAUUACAACACACAAGGUUAAUUCAACGCCCCACACCAAAAGAGAACAAGAGGUUGUUGUCACGGCACGUUUAUUUUUAAAAUUAAAAUUCGCGGGGGCUUUACAGGAAUAAGGAGGGGUAGUGUACCAAAGUCUAUGAGUCAUCUUGUGGGUUUAGGGCAUUCAGGCCUUGUUCCUCGGCUUGCAGAGCGUUUGUGUUUGAUCGCCCUGGAAUAGAAAGAAAAUAGAACAAGUUAGCAACACCAUACAUAGUAAUUUCGACUCCGUUACAACGGAUUUUGGUUUUGAUUCCAUGAUUGCUUUAAUCUAAGGCUUGCAUUACUGCUGAUUGUUGUGUAUUGCUUUACAUGAUAAAUGCGAGGGCGUUACAUACUUUAGAAGUAUCUUUGACUUAUCUUUUCGUAUUUCCCAUUCUACAUGUUUUGAUGAAAAUUUUGUCUGUUAUGGAAAUUUUUUUGGGAGGGGUUUCCAUAGAAAAUGUUGGGAAAAUAGCAAAUUACCCAGAUCUGAGGGAAUCUAAACUUUGGAGAUUACCUAAUUACUUCCCCGGAGUCUUAUAACACCUUGUGGAAAUCCGCCCAUAUUUAAAUAUGAAACCCCGAAAAUUUCUGCAAUUUUGGGGGGUUCCCCCAAAAUGCUGAGUUAUCCCUCAAUAUUUCUCCUAAAUUUUUGACACCUUUGGGGAUAUUGUGCACGAUUUCAAGUUUUCCACAUUACUACAUUCGGGAAAACCCCAAGAUCACCGACUUUGCAGAAAAUCCUAUCGAUUAAUCGAUUUUAUUAAAUUUAAUAACAUGUAAUCCAAAGUUUCUACGCUUCGGUUCAAUGUUUUUCAGUUAACUUCUCAGGGUGAACACGGUUUUAAAGCAAGUAAGCCAUCCUUAGUAGCAAGAACCAGUCUGUUGCGAUAGAUAAGCAUUGCCAUAAUUAAAAAAUGAUGCGUUAUAAAUGAAAGUGUUUAUUAGGGUUGAAAAAUUACAAAUUACCCACCAACAAAUAACUUUUAAUUCUUAAUAAUUGCACGUGCGUCUCAGAUAAGUACAUCAAGUUAGUGUUGAACUUGCAUUCAGUGUUCUACAAAAAAAAGUUACUCAUCUGCAUUACAAACACAUCGUGGUCUCAUAUAGUUCAGACUGCUCUCAUUUGUAUUUUACUGGUUAUAACAGGUAUAUGGGAAUAAUUUAAAACGACAAAUAAAAGAAUCAAUAAGGAACAGUGUUAAACAACAUAGGUAUCAUUCCUGUUGGCUAUUUUUGCAUAUGUAAGAAAACGUAGUAUAAAUAUUUAGGUUAUCGGGGGGUGUUGCGAGUUACGUACACAACCAUGUCAAUUAUUAAACGUGAGUGGUUUAGAGCAAAUGUUUGAUAAUAAAAAAUAACUUGUUUUCAAUGCUACUCUAACAAGCAAACAACUGAUCUCACGAGGCUAGUUACGUGUCUAAUUUUCCAUGUCUUACCUUUUUUCUUUGAUUCAUUUCGUAAACGCUGUAUAAAUUGAAAAAAUUUCUAUCCAAUUAGACUACGGACAGUAUUUAUUUGACACUAGAACUAAGAUGAAAAAUAAGAAGAGGAAAUUAAAACUGUUAUCUUGGGAAGAAAAGCUUGACAGACAAAUCCAGUUUGUGAAUGUUGAUAAUAUGGAUGAAAAUCAUCUCUCUGCUGAUGAACCAACCGAUGUGACCAUUAUGAAAACAGUUAUACCGCUUUCAUCGAAGAAUGUUGGUGGUCUACGCAGGCUAUGUAUGUCGAAAUACUUCGAGGCUGAGUAAGCAUAGCUUUCAAUACUUAUCCCCUAUAUAGUCCAAUUAUAUUUUUUUAUUACUUGUGUGACUUAGUGGUCGUUAAUGUUCGAGAUUUAUGGACCUACUUAUUCGGUAUGUAUGACGUAGUUUCGUUAGAGGAGUAUACCGAAAAAUUCACAGCUUUAAGCGAUUUAACUGAACAUCUUAUGAUAUUUAUUCUCGAUAAAAUACAGAGUUGUCGUACAUAACUGCGUUAUAAUUUCGUUUGAUACAGUGUAAAUGUAAUGGAUCCACUUCGUGUUUUAGGUACUCUACCAGACAUUGUCAGAAGCAAGUUUUUCAUCAGUCUACUUGAAGUUGCUUCCAGUUUUCCAAAUAACAGAGUUAUUUCAUAUGGUGUAUAGAAUAAUGUUUUUAUUGGUCCAGAACAAGUUUUAAUUUUUUUAAGUAUGUUACUCGUGAACGAUUCACUUGGGUAGAAAGUUUUAUCGGUAAAUAGACAGUUUCAUUGAAAUUUAGUUAUCAAACUAAAACACACAACUUAGUCACUGUUUUUGUCGUUAUCAAUGGUUUGUUGGUUAAAAAUGUUUAAGUAUAUUUUAAAACAUCUUAUGUAUAAAUUCGUCAGUUCCUAAAAGUGGAGGGCGGUCAGGCAGAACUAACCAACGAAAAAUUUUCUUGGUGUUCAGUCAUUCGGUCAGCUACAACGUAGGACCGGGCACAUAUGUGCAUCGGUCCAAGUUGCCAUGCCUCAUUAGCACAAGAUGAACACCGAAUUAAUAGAAGUAGUUAAUUCAGUGGUGGUAAUAUAUAAAAGAAAGAUUGCAUAUAAGGACAUAGUACAGGAAGAUAGAAUUUGUUCGUAGAAAGAAAGAUAUGAGGCGACUUUAAUCUCAUAGUUUAAAAGAAGAGGAAGAGUGUACACACCGGCGCCAUUGUGAUCGAUUCUGAGCCAUGUCACUCAGAGUUUCCAACCACUGGUUAGGAUAGUCACGUCGUCUAGCUCAGUCACCAUAUUGUAUUUGUUGAUCGGUCAUAAACAAAGGAAUAGGCAGAUUCGCACUGAUAGAUUCGUACUAUGUAUUAUAUGAACCUGCAAAGUACGCCUUUUUAUUUGGUUUAAGUUUUAUUUAAUUAUGUUGCAUUCUAUCAAACUUGACUGGGUAUAAAUGUCUAAAUGACAACCAAUUUGUUUCAGAUUUGUGAUAGAUUUAGACCGAUUGUGUGUUUCUGGCGAAGAUCUGCUAAAUCACAGUAGUAUACCUCAACACCGUCAAGUCGUCAAGUAAUAUUCUGUUUUCUGGUUUUAGAUUGGUGUAUGAACACUUUCUCAACAUGGUACAGUAACUUUGUAAUUGAUCUGUUUGUAUUAUUUUAUGGAUUCAAUAUUUCCUAACUCAAGAUAUUUCAUUUCUACAGGAGAAAUCCUUCAACUAUUGUGCAAUAAGUCAAUAUUCUCUGUGCUGAAUAAAAACAUACCUGGUAG